AUGACCACCGAGCUGAACCCCUCAGGUCAUAACAAACCAUACUAUGAGGAGGAAGAACAACUUCUGAUUUCGCUCAAGCAGUAUAGUGGACUGUCAUGGGCACAAAUUGCAUCCAGCUUCAACAACGAGGUCCCGAAUGACCGACAGAGAUCUGCAUCGGGCCUAGAGAACAAGUGGCGAAGUCUACAAGCAGCCCAACGCAUCGUCGAACUGAACCAUCUGUUCCAGGAGCAGGGAUAG